UAACUAGCUAGCUGACUGACUUUCCUGUAACUGGCGAGUGCUGCGAGGAUUUUGAAGCACACUAGGCGUCACCUUGCUGAUAUAGCAUCUAAAACACGACCAUAUAACAUGUUUUCAUUCAGCGAACAUUCAUUUCGAUCUAACUCGCGUUAUAAGCCCAACAAGAGCCCGUCAAUGCUGGCUAACAGAGCAGCUAACUUACGUGCCGUCAAACCUGCUAGCAAGCUAGGAGGAGACUUAGCAGAUCAUGCAGUACUUCUGCAUUUCUAUUGUACUUCACCAGUGUCAUUAUGUGUUACGUAUCGUUAAGACAAAACAGUUUCGUGCCGUGGCGGUAACAACAUGUGGAGGCCUGAUCUCCUGGAGAUGGCAGAAUUGCCCCACAGACGCCAUGGCAACUUCCCCCACAGGCGAGCCAUGCUGUUGCCGUGGCAAGCCAAGUGUGGAGUACAGCUGGCACUGGAGGCCACGCCAUCUGAGACCAGCCCAUACGUGGCAACCGCAGCAGCAGAGCCGAACCUUCCUGAUGAACAGAUCAGCAGAACUAGAUUCAAAAGGAUGGAAAUGGAGCCAAACAUAUCUUUUAUUUCAAAGAACAAAGCGGCCCCUCUGACAUCUGAAAAACUGCAAACACAUCCAGCCCUCCCAGAUAAAGGGAUAGCAGCUUUACUGAAGAGAAUAAGGGUUCACCCAGAGGCCCGGAGGAUUCUGGGUAAUUCCUGCAUAGCCAUAGUAUGCCUGGAACGUCUUAGGACCAAAGUGUCCCGUCCUCCGUCUGUUCCCUUGUUGCCUCUUCAGCCAGUGGUGUCUUUGGUCCGCCUGCCAUGCCAAACACAUGUCAAACUCCAUAAUGCAGAUUCCUCUUUAGAUCACGGUCAACAGAACGGAUCAAAUCAAAGUGAGCCAGACAUUGUGGAGAUCAGAGAGGCAGCCUCUCCAUCUAAAUCAGCAGGCUCCCCUGAUCUGAGCCAGCUAGAAACAACAGCAGCAUCCUGGACAGAGCCGUACUGCCCUGACAGCUCACCCUCUACAGCACAAGAACCAGAACAGGACUCGGGUUUUGAUUGCGAAUCUAACCCAGAUCCACCUUACAUCCUGCUUGAAUCUGGAUCUGAAUGGGAUCCGGAUGUGAAAACCGAUUCAGAACCAUUUUAUUUGGACCCGGACCCGGAGCAGAAUAUAGUGAUUGAGGUGGAUCCUGACCUGGAAUUGCCUCUGCCUGAGUCAGAGAACACAUCUCUGGAGCUGCAUGACAAAUCUGAACCUGGAUGUGAGGAGGAUGUUGUAUGUGUGGGCGACAGUGGAGAUCAAAGUGGGCGCUGCUCACCGACCCAGCAGGAGUGUGUUGUGUCCACCCAGCAGCCUGACAGCAGAGCUGGGACUCAGGACAUGGAGAGUGAGGAUUUCUGUGCUGUGUGUCUGAAUGGAGGAGACCUGCUCUGCUGUGAUCGCUGCCCCAAGGUUUACCACUUAGCCUGCCACAUACCUCCUCUCACCAGCUUCCCACUGGGUGACUGGGUGUGUACGCUGUGCAGAAGUGACCAGGAGCCUGUGGAGGCCUAUGACUGUGAGAGCAUGAACUCCUCUGGGGCGGUCAAGGCUCCGUACACACUGUCCAAUCAGGAGCAGAGGAGGUGUGAGAAGCUGACUCUGCUGCUGUCGUGCCACAUGCUCAGCACUCCGUUCCAUGAGCCUGUCAGCCCCCUGGCUCGUAACUACUACCAGAUCAUUAAGAAGCCCAUGGACUUGUCAGUGAUCCGGAGGAAACUGGACAAGAGCAACACUCUUCACUACUUCACCGCCGAGCAGUUUGUGGAUGACGUCCUGCUGAUGUUCAAAAACUGUGCCACGUUCAAUUAUCCGGACUCAGAAAUGGCUCAGGCUGGUCGUAACCUGGAAGUUUUUUUCCUGAGCAAACUGAGCGAGGUUUUCCCUGAGCAGACGUUCCCAACAGCCAACCAGGACAGAAUGGACAGAGCUCGCAUGCAGUGGCUCAGCAGGAAGAGGAGGGAAAACUACAGGAAGAAGAAAUGUGCAUUUAAAGGGAAAAAAUAUUACCUGUGAUUGGUUGACAAUAUGUACAGAUUUGUGUAUUUUUUAGCAUCAGAAUAAAGUAGCGUUUAAUAUCAUAUGUAGUUCAUCAUCAAAUUAAUGGAAAACAGGUAUAGCUGAGGUAUUUCACUCCAAAAUUAGACAUCACCCAUUUGGAAAACACUGACUCCAGCUUUUACAAAAUGAAUGCUGAGAUGAAUUGAAAUCACAUUUAAAAGUUAGUUAUCAUCACAUCCUGAUAAGUUUCAGAUAGGAACUUUUUUUUUUCUUUCUUUUUUUUCUUUUCCAAAAGUUGGACAUGGUAUUUUGGGAUGAAAACUUUCAACUGAAAGUUAAUCACGUUAUUUUAACUUUCUGAAAGAUGUUGUUCAUUGUUAGCAUCUCCUUAAAUGUGGAACCUGUUUGAUGUGUCUUUCUCAAGUCAAAGGAUUAAGCAUUUCCCCUGGCUGUUUAACAGAGUGAAACAUGAGGGGACUAGUUCGACACAUGUGAACCCCAAUUUUUGUGUUCCUCAUAUAUUCAUAUGCAUUGUAUUCUGUGUGAU